UCCCAGACAAUGCAUAGAACCUGGGAAAUGCCUUGGCUUUAACUAAUGGUUUAGUUUAUCAGUUUUUUUUAUUGAGGGAAGUUUAGAAGUAUCCUCUUGUCUAUAAGGUUUUAAGUUGUGAUCACACUGUUGAACCAUUAUCCUAAAAUGUCGGUAGAAGUUUCCGAAGCUAAAAGUUGGACAGACGAUCUUCCUGUUUGCUUCUACACAGGUGUGGGACUAUUGAAAAAUCAGAUUUAUAAGGAAGAUGGGUAUCGAAGAGAAGCUCAUGAGUGUGAAGACAGAAGUUUCCACUUCAAAAUUGAUGACCAUACUUUCCUGUAUGGAGUAUUUAAUGGGAAAGAUGGUAGUUCCAUGGCAGAUUUUGCUGCACAAAGGAUGCCAGCCGAAAUCCUUCUUGGUCAGUUAAGUGAUAAAGACAGCCCAGAAGCAAUUAAAGAUGUUUUGAGAGAAGCCUUCCUGGCAGUAGAACGCAGCUAUUUUGAAUCUGUAGAUGACUUACUUGCCGAAAGAGCAAACCUUCUUUGUGAAUUGCCUGAUGGAUUUAAAUCAUAUGAUGCAUACCAACAGUUUCCUGAUAUUGUGAAUCGAUUAAGAGCUGCCAAUGCCCGGUUGUCUGCAGGUGCUUCAGUUGCCAUUGCUCUGAUAUUCAAAGGUCAUCUUUAUGUUGCCAAUGUUGGAGAUUGUCGAGCAUUGCUGUGCAAAAUAGAUGCAGAGGGAGUGCUUAGAGUUAUGCAGUUGACUGUAGAUCAUGAUUUAACCAACGAGGACGAACUUCUCCGUCUGUCUCAUAUCGGAAUCGACGUGGAAAAACUUCAGAAAAAAGGCAGUCACUUAGCAACCCGCUGCCUCGGCAAUUACAACGUUAAAGGGGGCUACAAAGAUUUCGAUCUCUUUAAUGCAGCUACAAGAGAACCGGUUAUCGCUGAAGCUGAAAUUAUGGGUCCUAUUGCCUUGGAUGAUUCUUGCAGGUUUCUACUUCUAAUGACUCAAGGACUCUACGGCGCGUUGGAAGAGGCAACACAAAGUGAACAGGCCAAUAAAGAAAUUGCACAGAUUGUUGUAGAACAAUUUGGUAGUCAAACCACAUUAGCAGGCGUCGCGCAAGGCGUUGUCGAUCGAAUAGUACGGAUUCAUCACGAUCACUAUAUGAAAGAUCCUAGUCAUCUUACAUGUUGUCAACAUGACGACAUCACCUUAUUAAUCAGAAACUUCAACUUUCAGCUUUCAUCUCCAGCAAGUGCAAGUAGCACACUGCGUAGCUAUCAUCCAUCACCCAACACAAACAGUAGUGAUCCCUUUGCAAUAGGAUUGAAAUUUGACUCCCAAAUAGAAGUGUUACCUUCAAGUAGCAUUAAUGGCACACUAACUGAAAUGUUUACUGAAGCAUCCAUUACAUCUUCAGACAGUUCAGAACAAAUGAAAUCAAAUCCAUCUUCCAGUAUGUUCCUGGAUGAUGACGGGCGAAUUGCACCGUACGUGGAUUUCAGCAGCUUCUAUCAAGCCGUUAAAAAAGCUAAAGAAGAAGGUACUAUACCCGAAAAUGCAAUAUACUAAUUCGAAUGGUUGCUUACAAUACAGAUGUACACAGAAUAAA